AUAACCUCUCACUAAAAAAAAUAAAUAAAAAAAGAAAAAGAAUUGUACUUUAUUUAUAUAUAUAAUAUUCUUUUUCAUAUAAAUCUUUAAUAUAUAUAUAAAAAUAUAAAUUAAUAUAUAUUAGAAAAAAAAAAAACCAACUGUAUUUUUACCAAUUUAGACCAAUUUAAAUAUAUAAAUUUAAACAAACACACAUACAUAUAAAUAAAAUAAUGUCAUCAGAUAUUUCAGAAAAAAUUCAACAAGCCAGAAGAGAUGCUGAAUCAAUGAAAGAGCAAAUCAGAGCAAAUAGAGAUGUUAUGAAUGAUACUACCCUUAAAACUUUUACUCGUGAUUUACCAAAUUUACCAAAGAUGGACGGUAAAAUUAAAGUUAGAAGAAAUCUUAAAGGUCAUCUUGCCAAGAUUUAUGCUAUGCACUGGGCUGAAGAUAAUGUUCAUUUAGUAUCAGCUUCACAAGAUGGUAAAUUAUUAGUUUGGGAUGGUUUAACCACUAAUAAAGUCCACGCUAUUCCAUUAAGAUCAUCAUGGGUUAUGACUUGUGCUUAUUCACCAACUGCUAAUUUUGUUGCAUGCGGUGGUUUAGAUAAUAUUUGUUCCAUUUAUAAUUUACGUAGUAGAGAAGUUCCAAUUAGAGUUUGUCGUGAAUUAAACUCCCACACUGGUUAUCUUUCAUGUUGUAGAUUCCUUAAUGAUAGACAAAUUGUUACCUCAUCUGGUGAUAUGACUUGUAUUUUAUGGGAUGUUGAAAAUGGUACCAAGAUCACCGAAUUCUCAGACCACAAUGGUGACGUUAUGAGCGUUUCAAUUUCUCCAGAUAAAAACUAUUUCAUCUCAGGUGCCUGUGAUGCUACCGCUAAAUUAUGGGAUUUACGUAGUGGUAAAUGUGUCCAAACCUUUACUGGUCACGAAGCUGAUAUCAAUGCUGUUCAAUAUUUCCCAAACGGCCUUUCAUUUGGUACUGGUUCAGAUGAUGCCUCAUGUAGAUUAUUCGAUAUUCGUGCCGAUCGUGAAUUAAUGCAAUACACUCACGACAACAUUUUAUGUGGUAUUACCUCUGUUGGUUUUUCAUACUCUGGUAGAUUCUUAUUUGCUGGUUAUGAUGAUUUCACUUGCAAUGUCUGGGAUACAUUAAAGGGUGAACGUGUUCUUUCUUUAACUGGUCACGGUAAUCGUGUUUCAUGUUUAGGUGUACCAACCGAUGGUAUGGCUUUAUGUACAGGUAGUUGGGAUUCUCUUCUCAAAAUUUGGGCUUAAAUUUAUUAAUAAUAAUAAUAUAAUAAUAAUAAUAAUAAUUAAAUCAUACUAAAUAACAAUAACCAAAAGCCAAUAACCAAUUAAAAAAAAAAAAAAAAAAAAAAAAAGUUUUGUCGUAUUUUCAUUUUCAAAAAAAAAAUAAUUACUCCAUUUUUCUAUCCAAAAAUUGUCCUUGUAUUAUAAACAAUUACAACCCCCCAACUCAACAUUCCAUCACCACUCCACCAUCAACCAUCCAAAAAAGCGUGUCAUAUUUUUUUUUUGCACUGCAGGAUAAGGAUUAAAAAAAAUUAUCUCUAGAUAUAAAUAAAAAUUAAAAUUAAAAAUU